CCCUCUUCUCAUUGAGACAUUCGAUUCAUCCGGUAGAUAUGAAAUUCAGAAUAUGAUACUGGUGGGAAAAAUAUUUAUUUGAGUCUAGACACGUAUUCUUUCUAGAUUUAUUAUGGAUCAAUUUCUAUAAAGAUAAGUGCUGCCUUUCAAGAUGUUCGCACUUUCAUCUGCUCUCUAUUCCCAUUCGGUUGGUGCUGGAAUUUGACGUAGUUCUUGAAAUGAUUUUUCCUAUACUUCUCUUCAUAGCGAUAGCCGCUGCACAACAAGCUGUAUAUAGCCAAUGUGGAGGUGUAAGCUGGACCGGUGCAACAAGUUGUGCUACGGGCAGCACCUGUGUCUACCAAAACCAAUACUAUAGUAAUCAAUCCCUGAAUUGCACUACAUAGUAACUCACUCACCAUAUUGCUUAGGUCAAUGUCUUCCCGGAGCGGAUAGUAGUACUUCAAGUUCAAAAACGACAACAAUUCCCCCGGCAACUUCAAAAAUAUCUACAUUAACAUCAAAAGUGUCUUCGACGUCAACUUCUACAGCUAAAAGUAAGAUCCUGAUCGAUGUCAUUCCGAUCUUAACGACGAUUGAAACUUGCUAAGUAUACAUUUAGGCCCCACGUCUACUGCAGGCAUAGAAUAUUUCAUAACUUUGUAAGCAUAAAUCAUUCAUACUCAUGAUUGAGCCUCCACUAAUUCGGAGCCAGCGGCGACUCAUACUCACAAACAGGCUUUGACCCGACUUUAACCCAACCGGCCGCUGGGAACCCCCUUGGAAAUCCCAAUCUUCAAGGCUUUACAACCACUGGUGGUCUUAAUUGGGCAAGUAGACUAAGAAGCUCGAAUCCGAUUAUGCACUAAUGGAAAAAUACGUAGAUCGGCUAUCUUGUUGAAACAUACAAUGUUACACUCAUGUUAUCAUACAACUUCGCUUAUGGAGGCGCGACAACCAACGCAUCGCUUGUCGCUCCAUACGCACCUACGGUACUCUCCUUGAUCGAUCAAGUGAAUCAGUUCGUUCAGUACAUUCCCUCAGGGCCUUGGUCGGCUAGCAACACGCUUUUCGGCAUCUUCAUGGGUGUUAAUGAUGUCGGGAACGCGUACUAUCUCUCAAAUUAUACCACGGUACUGGGUCAAAUCAUGGAUUCUUAUUUUGCGGAAGUUCAGCGACUCUACGACGCUGGGGGCCGGAAUUUUCUGUUUUUGUCCGUUCCACGUGAGUCUCCAUGAUGAUGGAUAUCAACGGUGGAAAUAUCAGACACUAACGAUACACAAAGCAACCCAAGAUAGCCCGCUCUUCAUAGCUCAGGGGACGGCGGUGCAGGCUUCUCUCACUACUGCUAUAUCGCAAUACAAUGCAGCUAUAAUAUCACGAGUGACAGAAUUUAAAGCGGCGAAUGCUGAAUCUAAGACCUGGGUAUACGAUACUCAGAUUCCCUUCUUAGCCGCAAUCAACAAUCCUACAGCAUACGGCUCGGCUGAUGCCACUUGCAUCAACGCCGAUGGUGUCAGUUGCCUCUGGUGGAACAACUAUCAUCCUGGACAAAUUAUUCACAAGCUAGUUGCUCAAGGAGUGGCUGCACUCUUGAAGGGGACGUUCUGGUAGAGAGGACAAUCAUGGACUAGUGUCAAAUCCUGGUUGAUUCAGAAACAAGUACUUUAUCUCUAAAUCUGCAGGUCGCGACUGUAAGGUCACCUCUAUACAGUCAACUCGAAUUAAACAUUUUAUUCAAUCAAAUAAUAACACAUUAUUGAAUAAUUAGACGGUAGUCAAAUUUUCUUUGCGAAAAAAUGGUGGAAGUAACAGCAUAACUGAUAGAUGAGAAAGCCAUUGAUUAAAUCAAAAUGAUGAUUAUUUGAUAUGUACAUUAAACAAUUGUUCAAUGCGAACCGGAAUA